UUGGACCCGUGUUCACGAUCACAGCUGGAGACUGAAGAAUGUUCUGCUGCGGAGUCACGCGAGCUCAGGAGACGCUGCGGGUGACAGCCAGUGCGCAUGCGCCCUGCGGAGUCAUGUGCUCUUUCCAGUGCGCGUUCACGACCGUGCACCUGCUUGACUGACACGGAUGUAGCGGAGUGAGACUCAUCAGCAGACAUGACCAGCAACGAGCCCAAAGCUAAGAAGAGCGGCGGCGGGGGCGGGGCUGAAGCUGCCGAGGAUGGAGACUGGAGCUGGGCGCUGGUGGGCGCUCUGUUCGUCAGCACCAGCCUGGUGUUCGGCCUGAUGCGCAGCCUGGGCGUCUUCUUCGUGGAGUUCGUCCAGUACUUUGAGGCGAGCGCUCAGGCCAUCUCCUGGAUCUCCUCCACCGGGCUGGCAGCGCAGCAGUUCUUCAGUCCUCUGGGUGCAGCUCUGUGUAACGCGUACGACACCCGGGUGGUGGUGAUGACCGGCGGCUUCCUCGCAGCCCUCGGCUUCAUCCUGGCCUCUCAGGCCAAGUGCCUGGUUCAUCUGUACCUCACUAUGGGUCUCAUCUCAGGUUUUGGCUGGGGGCUGGUCUUCACGCCCAUGGUGGCCACCGUCGUGGCUACCGUCACGCGGCGGCGCACCCUGGCCUUGGGACUGGGGUUCUCCAGCAUCGGCAUCGUCUCCUUCAUCUUCAACCCGCUCUUCCAGUUCCUGGUGGAGAUGUACGGCUGGCGAGGGGCCCUGCUGAUCCUGGGGGGCCUCAGCCUCAACAUCGUGGCCUGCGGGGCCCUCAUCCGGCCCAAGCGACGCUCCAAGGCCCCGGAGAAGGUGGAUUCAGAGAAGAGCUCGUCUUCUUCUUCGUUGCUUCGACGCCUCUCCUCCUACCUGGAGCUGCCGCUGCUCCUGGAGAGGCCUUACCUCACCUACACCGCGGCCAUCACUUUGCUCAACGUCGGCUACUUCGUUCCAUAUUUCCACUUGGUGGCCCACAGCCGGCAGGUCGGCUUCUCGGAGUACGAGGCCGCUUUUGUCAUGUCGGCGGCCGGCGCCUCAGACAUCCUGGGCCGCGUGGCGUCGGGCUGGUUCUCUGACCUGGGUCACUUCCGGCUGAUCCACCUGCUGAGCCUGUGGACGGCGCUGGCGGGGGUGUUCAUCAUGCUGCUGCCCAUCAGCUCCUUGUCCGGAUCUUACAGCAUGCUGGUGGUGAUCAGCCUCCUCUACGGGUUCUGCUCCGGGGCUCUGACCUCGCUGGUUUUCGCGGUGGUGCCCAUGAUCGUGGGCGUGGAGCGCGUGAUGGGCGCCAUCGGGCUGCUGCAGCUCAUCGAGAGCGGCGCCGGGCUGCUGGGGACUCCGCUGUCAGGUUUGCUGAAGGACGUCACCGGCACCUACACCGCCUCUUUCCUGGUCGCGGGCGGUUUCGUGAUUCUCGGCACUUUGGCCAUGAUCACCCUCCCUCACUACUUCUCCUGCACAGAUCCACCGGCUCCUCGCAGACGCUCACACGGGGACAAAGAUAAGAGUUUACAUUUAGAGCUGGAGCAGAUCAAUUGUGCACCUCCCGACCCGAACCACGGGGGAGGUCAAUGAUCUGUGAGGAUUAACCUCAAGACUGUGUAAGGAAAGGGCUCAAGGGUCGUGUUCACCAGAUCAGCCAGUAUUACAGAAAGCAUACCGUCGCACACAUUGCUGAACGGCUGCGUGUUUGUGUUACACGUCAGAGAUUCAGACCCAAAGUGGACCUCAGUGGGAGAGGACGGUGGAUAAGGGACCAAAGAGUUUCUAUCUGUUACACAUCCUGACCUCAGUUUAACGUUCAGACCAGAACCUGUGGUCCAAAGAUAAUCGCUUAUUGACAACAAACAGAUCAUUGACUGUAUGUAAGAUAAACAACACGGCUCAACUUCAUAAGAACGCUGCCCUCUUUGCAUCGGGGGAACGCGUCUGUGGUCACAAGGUCCCGUGGAUACACGUGCUCGACCAAUCAGGAGACAGCCUCAGGUGUCAAUCAUGACCUUCACUGUGUUUUUAUAGCAUCGAAAAACAAAUUAAUACCAAACUCAAAGGAAAAAGGAACAGCUGAACAAACAUGGGUGUGAGAAGAACUACCAAAACAAGACAGGAUAAUGAUUUGCUGUACCUUGUUAAAACCGAUGAAUGGAUUCCGUCAACAGGACAGCUGGAGUGCUUUUACUUUGAAAUAGGAAGUGUUUGAGCAGAAGUUUGGUUGUUUUACACGUACAGUGGGUUUGCAUGAAAGAAAGGAACUGUUGUAUGAUUUUUACAUAUGCCGUUGAGUUAGCAAACAAGUCCUCUGUGUUUCAAAAAGUUUUUAAAUAUUCUGCACUUACAGAAUUAAUUAUUAACCUUCACACUUCUCUUUUCCACGACCGUAUAUAUUAUUUUAACGGCGCACACGUGACAUUUAGCCCGACGGUGUGAGAAGAGAAAUGUGGAUGAAUAUGAACGUUGUGGAUUCAAGCCACUUGUUGUCUUGAUAAUGAGCCGAACCACGCGUGAGCUGCUCGGUCAGACCCGUGGCAGCGGCACCGUUCGCCCUCUCAGCCUCAGGAACUUCUCUUUCCACCAGUGCCAUCAAAGCGCUGGGGCAGGAAAACCAGACUGUGAAUCCUCCAGUGCCUUUUCUAAUGAUACUGGAAUGUGAAUGAGCACUUUGAACUGUUGUAAACCUUUGUGGAGCAGAGACAGCUGAUUGAACACAGGCAUCAGGAUUUCAGAAUCCUUGCAGAGGCUAAUAGAUUUUAAACCAAUAUUAGACUUCAUCUAAAUUGCAGCUACUAACAACAGAGCUGCAAUAAUAUAAAGUGGAUAUUUUUCCUGGCAGUGAUUCUAAGCCGUUAUCCUCAGUCACUCUUAAAUGUUAAAAUUAGAUAUUUUGCACUUAAGAUGAUUGAUUAAAAAAUAUUAAUUGUUUUAAUGUUUGUUUUUCUUACUUUUUGUUUCUCAGUCUCUACUUCAACUUUUUGCUAAGAGGCUCCGUCCCAAGCUAACAGCUCCCUCUGCUGGAGCUUUGUAUCCUUGAUAUCAAAACAUACGAUGGAGUACGAUUCAUAAAUAUGAAUGUAGACUUAAAGCUAUAUGUGAGUCAUCACCUCCAUCAAUGAGGUUAUGUUCUCACCCCUGUCAGUUUGUUCUUGGCAGGAUGCGCAGAAAAGCAAUGGAAACUGGAAGUGGUAUGGGUCAGGGAAGAUGUCAGGGUUUUCUGCUUUCUUUAAAAAUAGACUUUCAACAUUUUCUUUAUUUGUGGAUUCACCUCUAGAGGAAGUGUUUGGAGUUUAGUGCAGCUUAAUUGAGUUUCAGGGGACAGUUGAGGU